AUCUAGGCAAAGUUCUAAUUUCGUUCAAGAGAUGGCGCUAUAAAUAGUUUUAUACGAGGGGGUCAAAGGUGAAGCGUUGCUGUUGCCAUUAGCAACGAAGAAGCGUUCGAUCGUCGUCUGAUUUUCUGCAUUUUUGAUCGGAAAAAAAAGGAUUAAAAUCAAGAAAUGUUUGGAUUGAUUCGGCGUGGAUGAGAUGAUUUGGAGGAGGACAUGUCUCUUUCUAACGUCUUUCGUUUCCUUUUUAAGUUUCACUGCGGCUUAUUUUUUAGAAGAUGCAGAACAUGUUACAGCAAUACUAGGUGAAGAUGUUAUUUUACACUGUGCCUUUAAGUUUCCUGAAGAUAUACCUGUACCAUAUGUUAUUCAGUGGCAAAAACAGGGAAUAAAAAUUCCUAUUUACAUUUGGUAUGAUGGAUAUCCUCCUCAUGCUGGUAAAGGAUACGACGGACGUGUUUCACUUUCAGGACAAGCCUCUCUGAAUCUCAGCAAUGUUCAACAAUCAGAUCAAGGAUGGUAUGAAUGCAAAGUAUAUUUUUUAAACAGACCUCCUGAUUCUCCAAAAAAUGGUACUUGGGUUAAUCUUAAAGUACAAGCACCACCUCGGUUUACUGUAAAACCACCAGAUGUAUUGUAUGUAAAAACAGGCCAGUCAGUUAUACUUCAGUGUGAAGCUGAAGGAACUCCUCAACCAAAAAUUUUUUGGUACAAAGAUAAUUUACCAUUAGAUGAGAGUGCCAAUAUUAAAGUCACAAAUACAACAGUUCGUAUUACAAAUCUAAAGCAAACAGAUAUUGGAGAUUAUUUAUGUACCGCACAUAACAUAGAGGGAAGUGCUUCUGCUCAUACAAAAAUUAUUGUUGCAGGUUCUGCAGUGAUUACGUUACCUCCUCGAAAUGCUACCAAAUUAGAAGGAGAUGGAGUUGAAUUAAUCUGUGAAGCUAAAGCUUUUCCUUCAAACAUUACUCACCAUUGGUAUUAUAAUGGAAUAGACAUAUCUGAAUUAUCGUGGCUAGAGUCACGCACAAAUAUUCGACGAGAUGGCACAUUAUUUAUUAAUCCAACUUCAGCAGAAGAUACUGGAUUAUAUACUUGUGAAGUUUCAAAUGGUAUUGGUAAUCCAAACAGUGCAUCAGCAUAUCUUAAUGUAGAAUAUCCUGCAAGAGUAACAUAUUCACCAACUAUUCAAUAUUUACCAUUGGGAUUAUCUGGUAUAGUAAAAUGCUAUAUUCAAGCUAGUCCACCAUUUCAACAUAUUACAUGGACUAAAGAUCAAAGGCCAUUUGAUCCACAUGCCACACCUGGAGUAUCAACAUUAAACAAUGGAUCUCUCUUUUUUCAGCAUGUAAAUAUUGAAUACCAAGGACGAUACCAAUGUACACCUUAUAAUAUUCAUGGAACUGCUGGUACAUCAAAUGAAAUGGAAAUAUUAGUUCGAGAACCAUCAGUAUUUACAAUAAAACCAAAACCUAUUUAUCAAAAAACUGUAAAUAUGGAAGUAACAAUGCCCUGCAGUGGUACUGGACAACCAAAACCUCUUAUCAGCUGGAGAAGAGCAGAUGCAAAAAAGUUGCCUCGUGAUCGAACAGAAGUGAUUGGUGGCAAUUUAACAAUUCGAGGUUUGCGAAAAGAAGAUCAUGGAACAUAUGAAUGUGUUCUUGAAAAUGAAAUAGCAACAUUGGUUACAAGUAGUCUACUUCUUAUUGAAAGCACAACUCCUCAUGCACCUACUAAUUUAUCAGUUAAUACUAGUGCUUUUGCAGCAACAUUGAGUUGGCUUCCAGCAUAUGAUGGUGGCUAUGAACAAAAUUAUGUUAUUUGGUAUCGGUUAAAAGAAAGGGAUGAAAAUGAUUGGCGAACAAUUCAUGUUCAGCCAAAAGGUGUAACUACAUUUACAAUUUAUAAUCUUCAAUCCAAUGCAGAAUAUGAUUUUCAAAUUCUUUCUCGGAAUAUUCUUGGAGAUGGACAGUUCAGUCCAAUUGUAAAGGCAAAAACUAAAGAAUGGGAUUAUUUAGGUGGUGUUUACCCAACAGAUGCUUAUGGAGCAACAUAUAUUCCAACUGUACAAAAACCUGCAGGUCCAAAACCUUGGCCUCCUCGCAAUGUGACUAUCACAAAUACUCCACAUGGAGUUCUUAUUUCCUGGUUACCUCCCAUGAAUAAGUCAAUACCUGUGGCAUUUUAUUAUGUGGAAUAUAAAACAGAAGACAGACCUUGGAAACGUUGGGAACCUGUCAAAGAUGAAAAUUCAUAUCUUGCCAAAGGUUUGCCAGCUGGAUAUUCUUACUAUUUUAGGGUGUUCUCAUAUUCAAUAAUGUCUGUCGGAUCACCUAGUGAAGAAGUAAUAUUUUUUCUGCCAACUGAACAUGGAGCCACUAGUCGCAGUAAAGCUAUUACAGCAGGUGUUGUUGGUGGAGCUGUUUUCUUUAUAGUGGCAAGUAUUCUGUCUGUAUGUGCAGUUAAAAUAUGCAAUAAACGUAAAAGAAGAAAAACUGAAAAAGCCUAUAUAAUGGUUACAUGUCCAGUUGGAGAUGGAAGGAAGGAAGGACAUUCUCAUGAAAGAAGUCCAGUGCCACAUAAAAACACUUAUUCUAGAUUCAAAGAAAGUUGUGUGCCAUGUGUGAUUAUAACUACACUUAGACGGAUAUUCAGUGGAAUUUCCCACGCUUUAAGAUUUAAUUUAGCGCAGAGAAGGUAUUCAAAUAGCAUUCAUCAAAGAAAUGUAGAAAAUGUGCAGGAUUGGUCAUGUGGAUAUGUGUCGAGGACAUUACCCUCUUCUCUUCCAGGAAGACGUUUUCCCAAAACUGCCCACUAUAGUUUAGAAUUUGAAUAUUCCCAACCUCUUGGAUGGAUUAGUCGCACUGCCGAAGGGAAAUUUGUCGUUGGAGGAAAAGAUGAUGGAAGGUUUGCUUGCAUCACUCCGACAAAUAAUUUUAUCCUAUCUAAUCAUCCCAGUAGUUAUGAGAACAAUUCGCGUUAUUGGGAUAAAUUUUCGCCACAGUUUUUUUCACAGCAUUCUCCUCCGUUUCGUAGUGGUAAUGUUCCUUUUUCUUCCGUUCAUUCAUCUAGAAGAUAUUUAUUUAGAACGAGCAGUCCGGGCCCACUUGCUGCCGGGCCAUUCGUGCUAGAGGAUUUGAGUUCCGUCAAUCCCUCGUCGGCUGAAAGAUCUUUUCCGAGCACAGUUUCCAGUCAUUUUGCAAGUACCAUUGCUCCUCAUACUCCAUCCUAUGAACUUCCAUCAUUUCAAAUGGUAAACAGUCCUCACAUACAUCUUAUGAGAGGGCAGUUUAAACCUAUUCAAAAAUAUAAAGCACAAAGUGACAUUAAUUUCCCAUUAAUGAAAGCUAUGCCACAAACACCACAUCAUCAUCAUCUUUUAAAUGAACAAAUUCAUUUACAUCCACAGACAGGAAGAAGUGUGCACAAAGAUGAGAGAAGCAUGGGUGAUAAAUGGCCAGAUGUACCAUUGGAAAAUGUACACGCCCCAAAUGUUUAUUAUCCACCACACAAACAAAAUCAAUCUAAAGAGCAAAAACCUCUAGCAACGAGUAGCCCUCCGCAACCUGAAAGACGAAUCGCAUACGUGCCGCCCACGCAGGCAAAAGGAACCACGACACUGCAAGGAAUCAGUCGAGAAACCAACAGAAACGUCAACAAUUACCCAAUGACUUACACACGAGAACGUUUAUUGGGUGCCGUGGAAAGAGUCAGGAGAGGCGUCAUUCAUCGAAAUGAUCAACAAUUUACAUUACCAAAAAUGGCAUUACCCAAACCCAUAUCAUCUGUACAGACUGGAAUAAGACCAACGACUCAUUCUCCAAGCAGAAUUCAACCGGGUCACAACAUAGAAAGACCGAAUGCCAUGCCACGAUGUAGAAUUAGCGUCACAAGCAGUAGUUCUGGCCAAGGCAGUAGUGUUCAGGAUAGCAAACCGACAUCACUUUCACAUUCUCAUUCUCAUCAAGAUAGUUUGCAGGGAGAAUUUGAUAUAUCUGCCAUGAAUCACAGCAAUUGCAGCAGUGGUUUCGCCAGUAGAAAUGUUUCCAAUAUCAACACUUCACUUUCUCAAAGAUAUCCCACCGCGGUUCCUCAUUUCGGUCAUCCUUCGUCCGAUUUCAUUAGCACCGCAUUAGAUUCUCCGCAUUCGGAACCCAGCAUGUCUCAUCACGGUGCCGCGUUCGAGUUCAAACCCCACCAUACAGAAAAAGAACCGGGAAAAUUACAAACGUACAGACAGACACUUCCCAGUUUUCUCUCCCAGUCUGCAAGAAGCGACCGGGGUUUCAGCGACAGUGAAAUCGAUACAAAUUUUUAUCCACAACCAAAAAGACUGAGUAAAUAUGACAACACCGAAGCCAGAUGUGCUGCUCUAAAAGAAGAGUUCAUGAAGUUUCGGCAAAGACAGAAGGAGAGAAGAAAAUCUGAAGAACAAGAAAGCUCCUGCUAAUGCAUGCGUAUUUAUGUCACCUAUAUUUAUUUUCAUUCAUUCCCGAAGGAAAAAAAAACACAUUCUCGCCAAAGCCACAAAUUGUUUAAAAAAAAUACUUUAUAAAGAGAAUUACGGUGAAAAUUUGUUAGUAUGGCUUGGAGAUUCGCAGGAUGGUUUUCACUUAACUUCCACGCUAAAAUUCAAAAGGUGAGAAUGUCUAUAAGUAUGUAAUGAUAAUCAAAUUUAUUUACGAGGAAACCAAAAAUUUACUCAAAAAUUCUUCACUUAUAGCAUCGAAGGUGGAAGUUACAAGUGAAACUUUCGUCUUGCGGCCAUAGUAAAUUUUAAGUUUAAACUUUAUUGUUAACCAAUUGACUUUUGUACAGAAUUUUUUCCACGUCAAGCACUGCCCCCUUAUACUUUAUACACUAUAUUUACUCGAUAAAUUUUUCAUGUUUUUUGUUAUAUUAACGUGUGGAUGAUCAUUGCACAAUUUUUUUUUCUUUGUUUCGCAAAGAAUAUUAAAUUUGUAAAUACAUCAAACGUUUUAUCA